UGACAUCUUUUCCAAUACCACUUCUAUUUUCUCUCUCCUUUCACAAGGAAGGGCGUAUAUAAGAAUUCUAUUAACCAUCUAAUCAUCAAACAACACACAAAGAAAACCAAAUGGAUAUCAAGUUCUUGUUGAUCCUUGUCCUCUUGACCCUAGCCGUAGUCGCCGAAUCUGCCAAUGCCACAUGUCUUUUGACCAAAUCUUGUGCCAAUGGCCAAGGUUGCAUUGGAGACGAUGAUGUGCUCGAGUCCUUGAUGGAUUCUGAGACCAACCGGCGGCAACUAGCCGCAAGGCGCAGGUACAUUAGUUACGAAGCAAUUAAGAAGAACAAAUUGUGCAACCAUCGUGGCCAGUCUUACUACGAUUGCGAGAAGAGGAAAAGGGUUAAUCCGUACUGGCGUGGCUGCAGCGCCAUCACACAUUGCUAUAGGUACGCUUCUUAAUUUGAAGAAAUAUAUAUAUACCAACAACAUGAUCAGAGAAGCGAGAGGGCAAAUGAUGCAAACAGAAAAAAAGAACACCAGUUUUUACUCUUGAUAUUCCUCCUUUUCUAUUAGUUUUCUUUAAUUUUCU